UUUUGGUAAAGUACGAGGGGUGAGUGAAGCUCCGAUUCCGAAUAAGGUGAAAUGGGUUUUAAUCAUCCCAUAAAAAGGAGGCGCUCCUCUUCUCUGGAAUGGCUUUAUGCCGAAUAGCGCACCCUUCACCAGUAGUUUUCCGUUUCCCGAAAUACCCUUCGAAGCUGCUUAAAUUCUCGUCGCUGCCACUCUCCUUUCGUUGCUCAUCAUCAUCGUCAAUGGAAGCUGCUCCCGAAGGUUACCGCAGGAACGUUGGCAUCUGCCUCAUCAACAAUGACAAAAAGAUCUUUGCGGCUUCGAGGUUGGACAUACCCAAUGCUUGGCAAAUGCCGCAGGGUGGUAUUGAUGAAGGUGAGGAUCCAAGAAAUGCAGCUAUCAGAGAAUUAAGGGAAGAGACAGGAGUUAGUUCCGCAGAAGUGAUUUCUGAGGCACCUCAUUGGUUGACAUAUGACUUCCCACCACAAGUCAGGGAGAAAUUGAAUAUUCAGUGGGGAUCUGAUUGGAAGGGUCAAGCACAAAAAUGGUUUCUUUUUAAGUUCACUGGUCAAGAUCAAGAAAUCAAUCUUUUGGGUGAUGGUACUGAGAAAGCUGAGUUCGGUGAAUGGUCAUGGCUGCCACCAGAGAAAGUAAUUGAGCUUGCAGUGGAUUUCAAGAAGCCUGUGUACAAGGAAGUCCUAGCAGCUUUUGCUCCACAUCUCCAAUAAGUUUUGCUGAAAUUGUUAUGGCAAUGACAGUUGCCUUUGAGAAUUGUGUGGGCUGCGUAGAAAAUAAUGUAUACAAAUUGUGUCUCUUGGCCAUAACCUGUAUUGUGUUUUCAUUUGGGGAGGGCCAUGAAUUGUAUUUAUAGGCAUCUGUCCAAUUUUGUUUCAUGAAUGAAAUAUCUGAUACCUCAUUUGUAUUUGUCUUUGAUACCUAUCUAGAGUAUGUACAAAAAUAACCCGAUACAAAUAAAUUUUACUGGAAAAUUCACACUUA